CCCACGUCGCACACCGUACUGAAUCCUCUCGUCAUCGCUUUUCCUAUGAUUUUUUUCCCCCUCUUCAUUUUCUUUAUUUUAACAGCAUUUAACAACAUAAACUGCAGUAUUUUGAAGUGAUUCGUCUUUUAGCUUAUAAUGGGGCCAGGGAGCUCACAAGAGUUAUCAGUUUAUAUUCCAGUGCACUUGUUUUUUUCGUUUUAAAUAGACCACGCCUACAAAGAGAGGUAAACAAGCGUGUAGCGCUCGUCAGCUAGCACCACAGCAGUAGCAGCCAUUAGUUUAUUUAUCUUUCUAGCGUAAAGUAGCUAUAUCUUUAGGUUAUAAAGUAGAUAUAUACGUAUUUUUAACCAUGAAUUGUCGAUCAGAAGUCCUCGAAGUGACUGUCGAAGCGAGGCAAGUAGAAGAGUCUAUGCUGGCUCUGCUUCACACCAUAUUACUGCAUCGUAGCACAGGAAAAUUUCAUUACAAAAAGGAGGGCACCUACUCCAUUGGGACUGUGGGUACGCAGGACAUAGACUGCGACUUUAUUGACUUCACAUUUGUCAGAGUCUCAUCAGAGGAGCUGGAUAGAGUCAUAAGGAAAGCAGUGUCAGAGUUCAAGGAUGCUCUGAGUGUUUCUGGCUCUGAUGGCAUGGGGCAGAUCUCUUUAGAGUUUUACCAGAAGAAGAAGUCACGGUGGCCCUUUUCAGAUGAGUGCAUCCCAUGGGAGGUGUGGAGCAUCAAGGUCAACGUAGUCAACCUGGCCAAUGAGCAAGAGAGACAGAUCUGUCGGGAGAAAGUUGGAGAGAAGUUGGGCGAGAAGGUCAUAAAUGUGGUUGAAGUCAUUAACCGACAUGAAUAUCUGCCAAAGAUGCCCACCCAGUCUGAGGUUGACAAUGUGUUCGACACCAGUCUAAAGGAUGUUCAGCCAUAUCUGUACAAAAUCACGUACCAGAUCACAGAUUCUCUUGGGACCUCAGUGAGCACCACCGUGAGAAGGCUUAUUAAAGACACUUUAGCCUUGUGAGGACACCGUAGGGUCACAUCCAUGCAAAAGCUGUAUAUAUUUUGGACAUCUAAUCAGCACCUGGUGAAAUUUUACAUUUGUUUAAAUCUGUGUAAGAACAUGGUUAUUCCUGAUUGUGUUAUUUAUCAAGUUAGAUUUGAUUAGAUUUUUAAACAUUUGUUUAACUAUUAUGCCAAUAGGUCGAAAGCAAUGUGUCCUAUAGAAUACAUACAUACCUACAAAAGUGAUGUAAUUACUUUUCUAUAAUAAUCUAAUUUGGAAGCAUUAAAUUACAUAAUUCUAAACUUGAA